AUCGUAAUUCAUCAAAAUAUUAACAAAACAGUUACACCCUCAAUUUUUUCAUCGUUUGGACGUCGUUUUUACUCAGUUUCUCCAACAGAUAUUGAAUAUGACGCUAUUAUAAUUGGUGGAGGUCCAGGUGGUUAUGUUGCAGCAAUAAAAGCUGCACAAUUAGGACUUAAGACUGCAUGUGUUGAAAAACGUGGUGCUCUUGGUGGUACUUGUUUAAAUGUUGGAUGUAUUCCUUCAAAAGCAUUGUUAAAUAAUUCGCAUAUCUUUCAUCAAACAAAGCAUGAGUUAAGCUCUAGAGGAAUUGAUGUUUCGGAUGUGAAGUUAAAUCUUGGUAAUAUGAUGAAAGCCAAAGAUAAGGCAGUCACCGGUCUUACUAGAGGUAUUGAAGGACUUUUCAAAAAAAAUGGUGUUACUUAUAUUAAAGGUCAUGGACGCUUUAUCGGAUUGAAUGAGAUUAAAGUUGAUGGUUUGGAUGGAAAUGAGA